UUGGGCAAAGUAUCCAGGCCCCAGGGUGAUCAUUUUUUUCGAGGCAUUGCAGAGUUAUUAAUACAAACCUGAAUAUCAGCAAUUUUAACUAUGGCAGAAACUAUUUUACUUGAAAAAAAUCACUUGUACCCUUUUGUGUAAAAAAGGCUAGCGCCUUAACUUUUUUUCAAGUCGAAAGCAGAAUUCAGAAGUAUUCGUUCUUCAAAGUCUCGAAACGGAAUAAGUUACAUUAGUGAUAUCAUUCUAUAAAUAAUCACUAUCAGCAAUUACAUAAAUAAUUUUAAGAUUCCCGGGCAACCCUCCAGUAGUGUUCGGACAUUUGGACCAAAUUGACGUGGAAAGUUAUGUUUGAAUGAUAAAGUAAAGUGAAAAAGUAGAAUAAAAAAGUGAUAAGUGACAAUGAGAUUCGACUUCACUCGGCGGCAGUGGUUGACGCUUAUAGUAAUUUCCAUAGCGGACUUUUGCAAUGCCAUCUGUGUGGCACUUCAGGCGCCGUUCUUCCCACACGAGGCCGAGCUGAAAGGAUGCUCCUCCAUCGAGUAUGGUCUCGUGUUCGGUAUAUUCGAGCUGGCCGUGUUCGUAGUGAGCCCCUUCUACGGCGCGCACCUCAACAGACUCGGUCCCAAGCUGGUGUUCAACGCCGGUAUACUCACCACUGCGACAUGCGCUAUCUUGUUCGGGUUUUUAGACAAAGUGGACGGUCACAUUCCGUUUGUGACGCUCGCCUUCACGAUCCGGAUUAUCGAGGCGCUCGGUAAUGCGGCCUUCCUCACUGCCUCCUUCGCCAUCAUCGCCAAGGAGUUCCCCAAUAAUGUGGCCACCAUGUUUGCGUCACUGGAGACAUUCUUCGGCCUGGGCCUCAUCGUCGGGCCUAUGCUGGGUGGGGUGCUAUACAGCUGGGGAGGGUACUCCCUGCCCUUCGCCGUGCUGGGCUCCGCGCUGUUCGCCACCGCCAUCAUGUGUUACGUCACAUUGCCGAAGACGAGUGAUGACGAAGAUAUAAAGCCGACAGGACAAAGAGAUUUUGAGAAAAAUUUCAAAAGGAGUCCUAAAGCAACCAUGUUCUCUCUUCUGAAAAUCCCUGGCGUAUUAAUGGCAGCUAUAAGUAUAAUAUUAACCAGUAUUAGUAUCGGAUUCCUACAAGCGACGCUGGAACCACAUUUGAGACAGUUCGGGUUCUCCCCCGUGGUGCUCGGCGUGAUAUUCAUCAUCAACGGCGGUGUGUACGCGCUGACGGCUCCUGGCUGGGGCUGGUUAUGCGACCAUCCCACUGUCAAGCCCAAGUAUAUCACGUGUAUCGGACACCUCUUCGUGGUCGCUGCGUUCCUACUGAUCGGACCUGCGCCGUUCUUUGAUAUGCCCACGAUUCUCUGGGUGACUAUAGUGGGUCUGGUUCUACACGGGUUUGGGAUGGGAAGCCUUCUGGUAUCCACCUUUACAGACUCUUUAGGAACUGCUAUCUCGAGUGGGCUGCCCAACUCCAUAGAGACGUACGGCCUGGUGUCGGGCAUGUGGACGUCAACGUUCGCGCUGGGCGCCUUCAUCGGCCCCACCGUCUCCGGCCUGCUCUUCCACCUCAUCAACUUCCGCAACUCCACCGUGUUCAUCGUCGUGCUGCAUUUCAUUAUGAUGGCGGUGCUGCUGUGCUUCUUGUGCACGUGCGACCGCUACAAGAUGGAGGUGUCCGUUUCCGCCGGCGACCUGCUCCGGCUGGACGGCACGCUGGACGAGAGCGUGCUGAUCGGCGAGAAGUUCAUGAUACCGACUACCACGAGGCAGAAGAGUCGUCACUACGGCAUCAGCGUGGAGAAAUCCCGUCCCCCGGGCAUGAACAGUCUGAUCGCCUGCUCCAGCUACAAGAACCGCAGGAGCCCCUGGAGUCAGCGAACACCCCGGUACAGACCCUCCUACGGCAGCCUGGACGCUAGGUUUAGGGCAACGUAGUCCCUUAAGGCCAAAACUUUAAGCAAAAAAGUACCAAAGACAUCCAAAGCCAAAGGUUUAGUCUAGGCUGUGAAUCCUAUCAUUACUGUAUGUUCUAGCAUAAUCUAAAGUCAUGUUACUAUUUACUAAAUAUUUCAACUUUCAAAUAUUUUAAUCGAAAAUCAUUUAUUUUAAAACGUAAAU